AUGAGCAUCUCUUUUGAAGGUGAUGCAGACGGUGUCGAUGAUAAGAUUUUUAUGCCAACUUAUAAUAGCAAGAGAAGAAGGUCAAAGGUUUCAAGUAAGCCACCUUUGAAGACUUUAACUGAUGAAAGUGUGAAUCCAGUUAUGAAUGAGACUGUUGGUAACGUUUUUGAUAAAGUACAGUUGACGAAAUUGUUGAUUAAUACGCUGAAUGAGAUGGGUUUUAGUGACACUGCGAUUGCUUUGGAGAAGGAAAGUGGAGGGGUUCGAGUGGAAUCCUCGAAUGUGCAUCAGUUGAUUAGGUUAUUGGAGAGUGGUAAAUAUGAAUAUAUUGAUUUGGAGAUUCUAAGUCGUUUACCUUUGAAUAAUAAGACUUCGAUUUUGAAUCAGUAUGUGAAAGAUAAACCACAGGAGUUGUCGGAUAGAGAUGAAGUUAUUGAUAUGGAAAAUGUUAAUUAUUCACAGACACUGAAAGUAAUGAAUGAUAACACAGAUCAACUUAAAAUAAUAGUGGAUGAUUUAGUAAAAGAUUAUAAUCUUAAUACUUCGGAUUCCUUUUGGAGUGAUCUCAUAUAUUUAAGAGGAAUUGUCGAAAUUUUAGUUUUGUUGAGUAGACAGAUUUUCCUAGAGUUAGUUUUGGAUAUUGAAGAUAUAUCAACAGCUGUGACAUUUUUGAGAACCAUUGUAAGAAAUUUGAUUAAAAUUUGGGAAACUCUGUUAUUAGUAAAAGAUAAAGCAAUUAUCAUGAUAGAAGAAGGAGAUACAUCUGAAUUUACACCAGACAAUAUAUUGAAAGAAAUGACAAUUACUCUUACAUCAUCUAAUAUAGUGAAGGGAGAUCCAAGAUCUGCAUGGAGAGGUUCUAAAGAAAAUUCAAGAAAAAAUACAGUUGAGCUGAUAUCAUGUUACAUUGACCCAGAAGACCUUGUCCCCAAGGACAGACUUAUCACAUUGUUGAAGCAAGCAAUCAAAUUUCAACGAUCUCAGGAUGUCCUCAACAUAAUUGAUGAGGAAUAUGAUGAGAAAAAUAUCGGUAACAGAAGAAUAAUAAAUCUAUUGCAAGAUUCUUCAGAAAGUUACAAUAAUUUAAAAUUUGAGGAAUACAAAACUUUGAAGUACUCUGUUGAUGAAAUUUGGUAUCUUCAAUUUUCUCCAGAUGGAAAAUAUUUGGCAAGUUCCUCUGCUAACUCUCUAUAUGAUAGGAAGAUUAUUCUGUAUGAUGUUGAAAAUGACUUCAAGACAUUCAAGGUUUUAGGUGGUAAUGACCAAUGCAUUUUAUAUUUAUCUUUUUCUCCAGAUAGUAGAUAUAUUGUUUCCUGUCCUUUUAGUGAAAAGGCAAAUGUUUAUGAUCUGCAUAAAAAAGGAAGCUCGAUAGAAAUUGAAGAUGAAGUGCAUACACUGAUGACCACAACGUUAUUGCAACCAAUUCACUCGUUUCAAAUAACAGCACCAGCCACGGUUUCAACUUCUCCUUUAAAUGCAACUAUUCCUAGUCAUCUAGUAGAUAAUGGAAAUGAUAGUGGCAGCAAUAACCAUGCAUCUAAUAAUAGCACGCCUAGAUCGUCAAACUCUGAAAAUUCCAUUGCUAAUGUAAAUGCAAAUCCUCCAAGGAUUUGGUGCUGUGACUGGUUUCACACUCCAAGCCAACAAGGUAGAUUUGUGAUUGGUUCACCAGAUAGAGAGGUUGUGUUUUACGAUAUUAAUGAGGGCAGGAUACUUUUUAGAAUGUCAGGUACCUCAUCUAUCAGAGUUAAGGAUGUGGCUAAUUAUAUAAUACAACCACAACUGGAAAAAUUUCCAAGGGUUCAUGAUAUUAAGAUAACUGAAGAUGACAAAAAUUUGAUUUUAAUGACACACCAAGGCCAUUUAGAAGUUUAUGAUCUGUCGAAAUUCCCAAAAAAAUCAUCAUUUUCGUCUAUGGAUAGCGUGUCUCUAUUUGAAACGUUUAGUUUGACUAGGAUUAAUAGGGUUAAUAUUGAGAAGAAAAUGACUUGCAUCAGUUUGCCGCAAAUUACUGGGUCUUAUGAUCAAGUGUCUUCAUUGGUGUUAGUUAGUUUGCAAUGCAAUGAGUUACAAUUGUGGGAUUUCAAGGAAAGCAUUCUUAUUCAGAAAUUCUAUGGUCAAAAACAAGAACAAUUUAUAAUAAGGUCAUGUUUUGGAUAUAAUAAUAACUUAGUUGCAAGUGGCUCAGAAGAUGGUAAAGUCUAUGUUUGGGAUAGAAUUAAUGGUAAUAUAGUUGGGGUUUUAUCAGGGCAUGUUGAGCAUAGUGAAUAUGGUAGCAAAAAAAUAGAAAAGAAUUGUAAUGUAGUUAGUUGGAACCCUACCAAUAAAACUCAAUUUGCAUCUGGUGGUGAUGACGGCUAUAUCAAAAUAUGGAGAGUCAUAAAAGAUUGA